AAGCUCGCCUCCCACAGUACCGUAGUAGAGAGAGGCGAGGCAGGCUGGAAGCGAAAGGGAGAGGAGAGGUUGUCUUCGGAGCAACGGAUUGGUAGAAGUAGGUUGCUCCUGAAAAAGAGGGCGGUGAACCGACCGCUCCGAAUCCAUCUGGAGUCUCCAAGGGCCAAAAAGCCAAGAGAAGCCGAGGUCCUUGAGGCGUAAGGAGAAUAGAGCUUAAUCACAACAGCAGCAACAGCACCCACAAGCUGGACUGGGGUGUUGCUGGAAACACGGAAACUUUUUAACUUGCCAGGCUAGGAAUAGGAUCGUUUUGAAUCGGUUUUCGUCUCGGGGAAGGAUUUCCACGUGGCAGACUACCUCCUGUGGACCGCAAAGAAGACAGGCACUGCAGACUACUGGAGAGCCGAAUUCACCAAAAAUAUGUAUGAACAAGGAGCUUGAAAAAUGCACAGUUGAACAAAGGCUUCAGCAUGGAGAAGAUGAAGAUCAAGCAGUCAUGAACCAUGACUCCGCUUCUUGUACAAAAACUGGAAACAUGACAACUUGGCAGAAUGGCUUGGGAAAUGCCACCUCUGUUAUCUGUAUAGUAAUGGAUAAUAAAGAAUCAGGGAGCAAUACUACCUCAUUAUGUCACAAUGGGGGGAUCAGCACAAAUAACAAAAACGGAAAUAACAAUCAGGACGAUAAAACCAGUCCUUCCAAAAUAAUGCAUUUUUUCCCCACUCCUCGUAAGAGGUCCAGCUCCAAUGUAGAGCGGCCUCGUUCAGUUAUAGUUAUGGGGAACUCGUCCACGUGGAAUGCUUUGUCUUCCCUUAGAAAAAUGGGAUCUUUCAAGAAGUUAAAAUCAUCAGUUCUCCAAGGAAUUUCAGCCAAAGAAGAUCCAGAUAGCUUAAAGGAUAGCCUGUCAGAGAACAAAACCAGGAAGUUCAUUCCAAACAAUACAACAGUCAGAGUUCAGACAAACAGAUAUUCUUAUUCAGGGCCUUUACAUGACUGCACCACAGAUAACCCAUUGGUUUCUGAUAAUUCUGAUGGAGAGGAAGAUUCUUUCCUGAGGAACACUCAUCGAUCACGCAGCAUCAGGCGUGCUUAUGCAACUGGCCGUAUAAAUUUAUUAGAUGGCGAUCAAACCCAGGACCCACAGAGCAAUGCCAAAAUGGUCUCCCCCGUCAUGCAGGAAUCCCAGAUUUGUGAAAUUGUAGGGAAAGAUCCAGAAUGUCCCAAGGUGAUUUACAGGAGGAGUAAAAGCAGCGACAACCUGAAUUUUCUCAAAAAGAGCUCGUUCAAAAGGAAGUCGACCUCAAACCUCACCGACCUCAAAGCUGUAAACGAAAAGCAUUUGCUACCAAGAACCACAAGUAUGUCAUCAACUGACUCAGACAAAACCAACAGGAACUCAGAGCGGAAAUCAAAACGUUGGAAGAGCCCAAUUAGAGCAAAGGAUUUUGACAGAGUUUUGAAACUUGUCAGUAAUGUAACUGAUGGUGCUUUGAAGAAGGACUGUCCUAGGACUGAUAUUUCUUCCCCCGAUGAACAGAACCAAAAGACAAGACCAAACAGCAGGCUCCAUGAGGACUAUUCCCGCAGGGUUUCCAGCAGCACUGAGAAUGAGAGGCGGAAGUGUCUGCCAUCCCGACGUCACCCGGCUUCAGCUCCUUCCAGGCUCACCAUCCAGCGCCCUGAGGAUGACUCUGCUGGUUCACCAUUUGCAUUAAAUGUUGAUGCUACAGGCCAUAGGAUGUCAUCCUGUGAGCUUUCAGACUUGGUUUGUUCUCCACCUCCACUUCAGAACCCUGGGUCAAUUUCUGAUGAAGUUUUCCAUGAAGAUUUUGAUGGGUCAAAAAACUCCAGCCCAUUUACAUAUAGCACUGAGCCCCCCAACCAUCCUGCCAGACCCACCGUUCCCAAGCCUCAGAGCCUUAGUGUUGAAAGCAUCAAGUGCAACAUGGAUGUCCAUUGUCCAGACCGGUACAGUACCCUGUCGCUCAGCUCAGUGGAAAGUGAGGGAAGAGGGGAGGGGUCGUCUGCCAAGUUGGGGAAGAGUCCUGUUUGCUUCCAGGAUUCUGUGCAAGCCGUCUACUAUGACGAUACAAAUGAAGACAGUGGCAUCAGCAGCCAUUCUCAGCUGAGUCUCAACUUAGCUAUGAGUGCUGAUGAAAAGAAGGAAGAGGUUAUUACUGAUGAUCACUGGAAGAAGUUUCCAUUUCAAGAUGAAGAAAGAGCAGAUGCUCAAAAAGUCCCAACCAGAAGAUGGAGUUCUGGAAAAAGAUCUCGGCCUCGGCCCCUCUCAGAUUAUGGCCAGUUGGCAAUUAGAAGUUCUUCCAUUCCAGAAGAUUCCGUCGCUAUGGAUUCCCAGGAAAUGGACUCUUUGGAGAAUGACAGUGAGACCAAGCCUCCCCCUGUUAAAUCAGGAACUUGUGCAGUAGCCAAUCCAAAAGCCCACAGAAGACGACCCAUCUCUGUCAUUGGUGCAAUCAGUUACUAUGAGAAUAAUCAAACGGAAGAAAUAACUGCUCUCCUUGCACAACCUGUGGCACGACCCCCCGUACCAGCACAUCAGGUUCCCCCCUACAAAGCUGUCUCAGCCAGAUUCCGCCCCUUCACCUUUUCUCAAAGCACACCCAUUGGUCUGGAUAAAGUUGGAUGUAAGCGUCAAAUGAGAGCAUCCAAUGGUGCUGCAGAUGGUAGUGCUGAAUCUCCAGCUUUAGUGGAUGAUAAUGGCAGUGAAGAGGAUUACAGCUAUGAAGAACUCUGCCACGCCAACCCCAGGUACUUGCAGCCUGGAGGCGAGCAGCUAGCUGUCAGUGAGCUGAUAAGUGAUGGAAAUGUGGUCUAUGCAGAGGCCCUUUGGGAUCACGUGACCAUGGAUGAUCAGGAAUUAGCCUUCAAAGCUGGAGAAGUUAUCCAAGUCCUUGAAGCUUCCAACAAAGAUUGGUGGUGGGGAAGAAAUGAAGACAAGGAAGCCUGGUUUCCAGCCAGUUUUGUCAGACUACGAGUCAAUCAAGAAGAAUCUGCAGAAUACUGUAGUGGCCUCCAAGAUGAAGAACCAAAUGUAGAUCCUGAAAAGCAUCGCCAAAAAAUAGCAGAAAACAAAGAUCAGAUGAGAACCAAUGUAAUUCAGGAAAUAAUGAACACAGAGAGGAUUUAUAUCAAACAUCUCAAAGACAUCUGUGAGGGAUACAUUCGGCAAUGUCGCAAACAUACAGGAAUGUUCACUCCAGCCCAGCUAAGCACCAUAUUUGGAAAUAUUGAAGAUAUUUAUAAAUUCCAAAGAAAAUUUUUGAAAGAUCUAGAGAAGCUCUACAACAAAGAAGAGCCCCACUUAAGUGAAAUAGGAUCCUGCUUUCUUCAGCAUCAAGAAGGAUUUGCGAUCUAUUCUGAGUAUUGUAACAAUCACCCUGGAGCCUGCCUUGAGCUCUCCAACCUGAUGAAACAGAGCAAGUACCGCCAUUUUUUUGAAGCUUGCCGCCUACUUCAGCAAAUGAUUGACAUUGCUAUUGAUGGUUUCCUCCUCACCCCUGUUCAGAAAAUCUGUAAAUAUCCCCUGCAACUUGCUGAACUAUUAAAGUACACCACUCAGGAUCAUAGUGACUAUAACAAUAUCAAGGCAGCAUACGAAGCCAUGAAGAACGUAGCUUGCCUCAUCAAUGAACGCAAACGAAGGCUGGAAAGUAUAGACAAGAUUGCUCGCUGGCAAGUCUCCAUUGUCAACUGGGAGGGGCAAGACAUCUUGGGCAAAAGCUCUGAAUUAAUCCACUCGGGAGAAUUGACCAAAAUCUCCAAACAAGGCAAGAGUCAGCAAAGGACAUUCUUCCUUUUUGACCAUCAGCUUGUGUUCUGCAAGAAAGAUUUAUUGAGAAGGGACAUGUUGUAUUACAAAGGCCGGAUGGACAUGGACGAAAUGGAGGUGGUAGAUGUUGAGGAUGGCAAAGACAAAGACUUCAAUAUCUCUGUAAAAAAUGCUUUCAAGAUUGUUAAUAACUCUAUGGAAGAAGUUCACCUAUUUUGUGGGAAAAAGCCAGGUGAUAAAAAAAAGUGGCUGGAGGCUUGUGCAAAUGAGAGGAGACGUGUGCAAGAAGACAAAGAAAUGGGAAUGGAAAUCUCAGAAAACCAAAAGAAGCAAGCAAUGCAAAAUGCACGGAAGUCAAGACAAAGGAAAAUGAAAGGUGUCAGCUAUAAUGGAUGCCCAGUGCCACCGCUACACCAAAGUUUGCAUCCAAUCCAUCAGCGUCAUGUUACAGUGCCCACUAGUAUUCCACAGCAGCAGGUGUUCGCCCUAGCAGAACCAAAGCGGAAACCGUCCCUUUUCUGGCACACUUUUAACAAACUGACACCAUUUAAGAAAUGAACAGCCCCAACAUCCAUGGCCUGAGAGGCCAUCUGGAAAAGGGGAACAAUUUGCCAGCAAAGCUUUUGUUGGUCCAGUUGGAAAACCUGGAUUCUUGCCCUGGAGAGAAGAUAUAGGCUGAUUUUUGAUUUUCCAUCAUAACCUUCAAUUGAACAACAUGAAGAAGACGUGGCUGAUUGAAGGAGAUAGUGAAUGAUCUGAAAUGGAUGUGGUCCUGAAUCAAUAAACAGACUGAUGGGAGAGUUGCCAUUUGACCACAAUAGCAAAUUGCUGCUUUCUCAGAAAAUGCCAUGUGCAUAUGACACCCUUGUACCAAAGGAAUGGUUCCAAAAUUUAAGUCAUUUUGAAAGGCUUAAUAGUGAAUGGAUUGGUCAAAUUUAAAAACAGGAAGGAUAACUUCUCUGCCUUUGUUCAGAAUGUGACAAAGGGUGGUUUCCUCCUUCUUAUGGUUCUUACGUCAUCAAGUUGCUGGUACUGAAAAAACUGCUUAAUUCUUCCUAUUAGUCUUUGUUUGCUGUGUUCUUCUGUUAAAUAAGACUUAGACUUCCUCCGAGGCACAUUCAUGGCAAAAGGAAGAAAAUGUGAAAUCAGUGUCAUAAAUAUAUGAACAUGUACUUUUAUAUGAAGAAAGUCACCCUUGGACUCAGGGUGGAGUCUUACCAAAAACGGUAUUUUGCUGUAUGCAUUUCUAUUCAUCAAGAAAUGGAUUUCAUUUUGCUAUCUCUGGCUCUUGAGUCCAUGAAAACUGCAUCAUUGGUUUCCAGUGUGCCUGCUUGUACUUUAUGAAAAAAAAAUGAAAGUAUUUCUUUUAAAUUUUUAGGAGUGCCUUAAAUGGCACAGAUGCAACUAUACAAAGAUAAGGAUAUGGAAAAGCAACCUGAGAGAGUUUUUACUCGCUCCCAUAAAUGUCCUCAUUCCAUUUGGGUUUCUUACAAAAAUGACUUUAAACAAGUUCCAACAUGACCUUUUUAUGUGGUUGCUCAUGUGCAUCAGAUAAGCCAGAAGAGGCUUAGCAAUUAUUUCUUUGGCAUUAUGUUAAGAGUAUCCAACACUAGAACCAUCUGGUGACAUUAGAAAAUGGAUUUUGAUUAAACUUGGUUAGAAACAUGGCCUAUUUAUAGACUAUUAAAAUGAUAUGUCCUUGUUUUGAUUUGGUUUGUUCUCUUCUGUGAAAUGAAAUUGUUUUUUAACUCGGGGUUGCUAAAAAUACCCUCUUUCGAGACAACUGCCAUAAAUUAGGGUUUAUGGCAUGCUCUUGGUCACCCUCUCUGUUGUAGUCUUACAUUGCUAAUGCUUAUAGUAAAACACUGGAUCUUGAAAAUAGGGUGGGUUUGUAAUUAGCACUAAGCCAUAAUGGAUGUGUUCAAGUAACCCCGGCUCUUCAGUUUGUAAAUCGUGGCUCAUGCCUCAGCAUGUUGAGCAUGCCCAGCCAAUUCUGAUUUAAACCAUGGUUUAAAUAAACCAUGUUUAACAAAACUACAGCUCAGAGUAAUGCAUAAGCAACUUAUGACAACAAAAACAAAUUCAGGGAUUUUUAUAUUAUUUUUGUUAGAAAGGUUGGGAGGUUUGGGGAGGGUUCUUUUUUAAAAAAGUAUCAGUCGUUCCUAAAUAGGUUGGAUUACAGUUUCUUAGCCUGCUUGACCCAAAAGAAAGGCUAAACUGCAUGAAGAGCUAUGGCGUCAACCAGGUAAGCUAAAAUGUAAAAUACAUAUUUGAGUCCAUUCCUCAAUAAAAGUUUAGAAAGUAAACCAUUUUCUCCAUCGUAAUUUACUUCGGAGCAGAUAUAGCUAGGAGAGGUUAUCAUUCAGCUAGACUGCAUUUUUCAGUCUCUACUUUAACAGACCAUGCUUCAGUAUUAGACUGAACUUAGAGAAUUCAGUAGUUCCAAAGUCUGACUUCAUUGUGACCUUGUAUGUACAUAUAGGGGGCAUGGUGGCUCAGUGGUUAAAGAUGCUGAGCUUUUCAGUUGGAGAGCUGACAGCCCAGGUUCGAGACCCGAGUGCCUUGGAAUGGGGUGAGCUCCUGUUAUUUGUUCUAGCUCCUGCCCAUCUAGCAGUUCGAAAGUAUGCAAAUGCAAGUAUAUAAAUAGGUACCAUUUCAGUGGGAAGGUAACAGUGUUUCAUGUGCCUCGGCAUAUAGUCAUGCUGGCCAUAUGACCAUGGAAAUGUCUUCUGCUGGCUCCCUCGGCCAAGAAAUUGAGAUGAGCACUGUGCCCUAGAGUCAGACACAAUUGGACAAUUACAUUUAUUACAUAUAGGCACACACAUAUGGUGUUAUAAUGAGUUUUAACAAUUGACAGCUUCAGCAAUAGGCAAUAAGAACUGAUACGAAAAUGCUAACAAAAGGUGUUGAUUAGCUCUGAUUGAUUUUAUAGAUAUAUUGAAAAGAAUUGGUGGGUCUUCAUGUUUAAUACACAUUAAAAUGUCUUUACUAACAAGAAUGUUUAAAUAUGAACAGAUAGUUUUAAUAAUAAGCAUGCUACGUAUGCCUCUGUACACAGCAUUACAAAUCCUUCAAAACAGGCCUUCUUCCCUCCACGUAUGCUGGAUUUUGAGUCUAAUUCCAAAAUAGUAAUGGUACUGGGUUACAGAAGCUGAAAUUCUAAUUCACCUAGAAAGCACUCGGCCAGGGGGACGAUGCCUUAAAAUAGUUUUGAUGCACAACUGUUCAUCAUGCUGUUCAUACUUGCUUUUGAUAUUAGCCAAAGGUGUUAUUUUUUAAAAAAAUGCAGUAGUGAUCUCCAUUAUCUUCUUAGUUGCCUAUUUAGUUUGAACAGCCAUAUAUUCUGCAAGAAUAAGUACUGAAUUAUUCACGAGGUGAAAUGGCUAUGCAAGGCCAUUUGAAUUUGUAUCAUACAGAAUAACAGAGUUGGAAGGGGCCUUGGAGAUCUUCUAAUCCAACCUCCUGCUCAGGCAGGAAACCUUAUUCCAUCUCAGACAAAUGGCUGUCCAACCCCUUCUGAAUAACCUCCAGCGUUAGAGCACCCACAACUUCUGAAGGGAAGCUGUUCCAUUGAUUAAUUGUUCUCAUUGUCAAGAAAUUUCUCCUUAGUUCUAGGUUGGUUCUGUCCUUAAUUAGUUUCCAUCCCUCUUGGGGGCCAGCUAGAUCCAUCUCCUGUUCAAUGCAUGAUCUCCGAGAACAUUGUUGACUGAUCCAACCACAGUCUGGGGAUCCCAGAGAAGGGGAAUAUGCCUAACAAGAUACUAUAUCCCUCUUAGUCACGUAUAAACCAUCUUAGUAACUCAGCUCGUUCCCUUAAAAUGAACAUUUUUACAAUUUGAAAAAGUCAUAUUUUUAAAAUGUGCCCCUAAAAUUGUGUCUUAACAAUUAGGACUUGUAACAAAAGACUGUAAUAUAUUCUAGAUGGCUGACUAGCAAUUUUUGGUUUGGGGCUUACUAUGCUAAAAUAUUUUUUGUUACAGUUGAGUGUUGUAGGGGGGUAUGGCUGGGAUGAGGUGAUGUCAUCAGAAGACAAGUGGAUUUUUUAGAAAAUCAUUUUGGCAGGUUGAAAAUUGGGCAAAGGUUUUUUUCUUAGAUGCAUUAACUGUGUUGGAAGUGUAAUAUAUCUAUUCCCUUUUAUUUAUCCCCAAAUAUCAAAAAGUCACACAUUUUAACUCAUGGUGGUUUGCAGCCACACUUCAGUAUGAGGCAUAGUUUUUCUACCUCUAAUCAUAAUAUUAAAACUAGAGUAUGUCUAGUUUAAUGAAACGAAAGACUAGGCAAGACAUGAUAGCAGUGUUCUGAUAUCUCAGGGGCUGCCACAAAGAAGAGGGAGUCAAACUAUUCUCCAAAGCACCUGAGGGUAGGACAAGAAGAAAUGGAUGGAAACUAAUCAAGGAGAGAAGCAACCUAGAACUAAGGAGAAAUUUCCUGACAGAACAGUUAAUCAGUAGAUCAAUUUGCUUCUUGAAGUUGUGAAUGCUCCAACACGGGAAGUUUUUAAGAAGAGAUUGGAUAACCAUUUGUCUGAGUGGUAUAGGGUUUCCUGCCUAAGCAGGGGGCUGGAUUAGAAGACAUCCAAGGUCCCUUCCAACUCUGUCUAGUCUAUUCUAUUCUAUUCUAUUCUAUUCUAUUCUAUUCUAUCCUAUUCUAUUCUAAAUAGCCAUAUUUCUCUCCAGGAAGACCUUCUCCCCUUCUCAUUUUUUUCUAUUUCCUCCCCAAAAAGAUCGGUUAAACUUGCUUUAAGUCUUCUUUACACUGUAGAAGGAUGGACUGCUAUUUAUAAUUACAGGAAGAGGCCACCAUUUCUGUUGGUACUCUUAGUUCAGGACGAAGAAGUAGUGAGAGAUAGCUGCUAUUUUAUCUAGACAAAAGAGAGAGGAAUAAAACAACAUUCUCUAUUCUCUGCAUGUGCCCAGUUCCUUUUCCAGUAAAUACUAGAUUUAGUGGUUGAAAUGAACAGAAUAGAAUUCUUUGAAUUUGUAGAUGCACAGAUACAUUCUUCAGAAAACCUCAAAUGUUACAAAGAGAGGGAAAUCAUGCCGUUCAUAUUAUGAAAGAAUAAUGCUAUGCUCAACAUUUUGCUUGGCAAACUGUUUUUGUUAAUAGUCUGUUUGCUAGUUUUUUGCAGCCUAAUUGUGUACUAUUUGAAGGAAAAGCUUUUGUAGCUUGCAAGAGUAUUUGAAGAGAGAAAAUUAUUAGGGGUUUUUUCAAUAUUGACAAUAAUUUAGCCUGGAAUACUACAAAAACUUGAUAGGAAUGAUCACAGUUUAGAUUACUACAAGAACUCUUGUAAGCUAUUUAUCCUAACAAAUUAAGUGCCUAACAUUUCCUGAGUAUAUUUUAUUGUCAUCUGCUAAUUAAAUUCUGAAAAGCCAAGUUAAGGUUUGUAUUUGUUCUCAGGUUUUCCACUUUUCACUUCAUCCCUUACCUAAAGCAUAUGAACUUCUAAAUAUUUUCCCCCAGAAAUUUCAAUUUUCUUACAUUUAAAAAACCUGAUUUCAAAAAUAUACUGCUAAUAGUACAUAACUCUCAUUUCAGAAAUACAAAGGCAAAAUAGACAAAGUUAACUAAACCUGACUCUGGUCUAUCUGGAAAUUAAAGUUCAUUUCAGAAUGUUGUGUUUCCAAUUGAUAAUAAACUUGGCUUGAUCAGAAUUCCAAAUUUUAAAUAGUGUAACUGAUUUUAAAGCUGUGUACCAAUUCCACCCUACACUCAGAAAAGUGGAUAUUGAAUUUGAUUGUUGCUUGAUUUAACUUCUUAGAUGCCUUCCAAAGUCUUUUUUCACAAGAGAGUGAAACUGAAAGCAUAAAUUACUAUGAUGAACAAAAUUGAAUACCCAGCAUCCAUGGUUUUAGAUUUCUCAUAUUAAAUAUUGUGCAAAUCUGGAGUCCCCGGUUUUAUAGGAUCAGUUUCUAUAAUUCAGGACAGUAGCCAUGCUGGUUGGGUACGACAACAUCUGGGGAAUUAACUAGUAUGAAGACUAAAAGCUAUUUUUACACAGAAACUUUAAUCCCAGAUUAAUAAGAGUUCUCCUUAUGUGAAUGAACUGAAAAACAGAAAAUCCCACCCUGCUUCACUUGAGAAAGAGAAGUGCCAAAUUCUGAAUCCUUGAUUGAUUAGUAAAUUUUAACAAGAAAGAUGGGCAAUAUUUAAAAUUCAAAAUAUGUCUUAAGUUCAGAUGGGUUGUUCUGAUUUAUGGAAGUUUCCCAAGCUGUUCUGACUAUCUUGGAAGUGUCUUGGAUUCAAAAUGGGACGGUUUCAAAUUCAGAACACUACAGAAUAGUCAAAACAGCACUGGAAUAUUUGCAUUCUGGCUGGAACAGUUAUCUUAAACCAGUGGUCUGCAAACUUGACUCUUUUAAGACUUGUGGACUUCAGCUCCUUGAGGAAUUCUGGGAGUUGAAGUCCACAAGUCUUAAAAGAGCCAAGUUUGCAGAUCCCUGUCUUAAACUAAAGAUCAGGCAUUUCAAACUCAAAAUGGAAGAUGUUGAGCUCAAAACACUUAAUGUGCCACUACUUCCUUCAAAUAAGUUAACUAGAGGUUAUCUUCUCGUGAACUAAACUGAAAAGCUUGGCUAGUAUUAUAUAGUAUAUUGCCAUCUUAUUCAUGGCCAGCUCUUAAGUAUUAAGAAAAAUAGACAUCUUUUGGGUUUCAGAAACCAGAACUUUUAAUUUAAAAUAAACCUUGGCUAUAAAACUUAUAUUUUAAAAAGUGAAGAAGUUAGUUGAAAUUUUGUUGGUGGGGACAUUUUUUUUAAAAAAAAAUAGUGUUUUAGAUGCUAACUUGGAGCUCCAGCCAAAGGAUCUUAGCCAUAAUAAAAACAAUAUUUUUGUCAAUUGCUUGUUUUCCUGUAUACAUGAGUUUGUUUAUAAUGAUGCAUUCUGAAAAAAAAAAUCAAUUUAAAACUAUUAAUAUGUGUACAAAGUAUUCAACUUGUAUAUUUUAUUGUGCAAGUGUGCUGUGACUUUUUUCUUUCAUACAGUUUAUGCUUUCUGCAUCUAUACCAGGGGUCUCCAACCUUGGUCCCUUUAAGCUUUGCUGGCUGAGGGAUUCUGGGAGUUGAAGUCCACAAGUCUUAAAGGGACCAAGGUUGGAGACCCCUGAUCUAUAAAAGUAGUCCUCCACUUACAAUCAUUUAGUGACCAUUUGAAGUUACAGUGGCACUGAAAAACAUAUGGAGCUAUGACCAUUUUUCACUAUUAUGACCAUUGCAGCAUUCCCAUGGUCAUGUGAUCAAAAUUCAGAUGCUUGGUAACCGGCAUGUAUUUAUGACAGUUGUAGUGUCCCAGAAUCAUAUGAUGAUCUUUUGCAACCUUCUGACACGCACAGGCAAUGGGGAAAUCAGAUUCACUUAACAACUGUGUUAUUAACAACUGCAGUUGUUAAUAACGACUAUGGCAAGAAAGGUGAACAAAUGGGGCAAAACUCAAUCAACAGUUGUCUUGUUUAGCAAUGGGAAUUUUGGGCUCGUUUGUGGUCAUAAGUCAAGCACUACCUGUAUUUGUUUCAGCCAUAGGUCAUGGCUUCAUUUUAAAAAGGCUGUGGAACCUGAAAUCUAAUGUGUGUAUAUGGGCCCUUCAGCCUGCUAUGUAAUGUAAUCCCACUGGCCAAAUUUAUCUCAUUAAUGUGUUAUAUGAAAUGUAUUUUCCUGCAAUGUAUAUAGAGAUGUACAUUCUUUUUAUUGUCUUCUAACUUUAUAUUUUAAUGUGCAUAACAUUUACCAGCAGUGUCUUACAUAAAUGUUACUGUACAGUUUAUUUUGUGUGUGUGAUUUUUUUUCACAGUGCAUGAAGUGAAACUUUAAAAAUGGAGUUCAUUGACAGCAAAAGAAAUGUGCUUUUAUUUAUUUGGCCUAUUUCUGUUUUCAAAAAACUUUAAGUAUGUUCUAAAUUUUAUCUGGCUGUGAACCGCCCUGAGUCCUUCGGGAGAAGGGCGGUAUACAAAUUUAAAUAAUAAAU